UUCGUAGUUAAAGCCAGUUCAUCAGUCAUACUAUAUUCAUCUGUUUCCGGUGAUCGCAAUCGAGUUUCGUAUCUAACAAAAAUUACGGAAUACACGAUUUGUUUCUCUCGAUUCGCCGUCACGAAAUAUAUUAAUAACUGACACUACUUAGUUUCUAGAUACGAAACACGGCAGACAUGCACUCCCCUUGCUCAAGAUUCGCCUGAUUUUCAACGUAUCCAGCGAGACACGAUCGCAGCUGUUCGUCUGAAUCACAAAACAAACUGUUUUACAGUGACAAGAUACGUUGACAAGAUAAAUUUCAAUUGAACAUGAUACCGCCAAGAGACGAACCCCUAUUUUCCGAUAUUGCGCUUCGUAUGUUGAUGAACACGGUCUCUCAUCCGAUCGAAUAUGCGAAAGUUCUGAUACAGUUAGAUACAUUAAGAAUGUAGACGGAUUUACUGGCUGCUACCGUGGUCUUGUCCCAAAAUUAUGUGCCUAUACUGUGAGUGCUGUAGCUUUCGAAAAGACAUCUAAAUGUAUUAAAUUUAAGGAUGAACCGAGCAUAGAGAUUUAUGAUGGUGAUUUGGAAGAAAGUCAGAAGUAUAAAAAAUGUAUAUACGAAUUCAUACGAGACCUGUUUAGUAGAAUGAUUGGAAUUAUAGUUAGUCAUCCAUUGGAUGUUAUCGCACUGAGGAUGAUGGCACAGUUUGUUGGUGGAGAAACAAAAUACAAUGGAUUAUUUAGAUCGAUUGUGGAAGUAUACAGAGAGAAUGGCAUCAUGGGAUAUUAUGCAGGAUUAUUGCCUCGCCUCAUUGGAAAUGCCGCUGUACUAAUGCUAGUCAGUUCAUGUACUUAUGCUUUUGAUAAGUACGUUAUAAGCGAUCGCGAAUUGAAACCGUAUGCAGUUUCCACAAUAAGAGUUAAUUGCUGGUCUUCCCCCACAAAUGCCAAUUUACAAUAGCUGGUUAGAUUGCUGGUCUCACCUUUCAGCUACCAAUCAAUUAAAAAGAGGGAACAGCCUUUUAUGGCGUUAUUAUACAGGGCCGCAAGUGAUAAUUAAUGGAAAGCCAAUACCUAUUAACAAAUACAAUUUCCACUUACAAAGCACAACAUAGUAAUAAAAUAUUGCAUUUACUUGUAUUUGAAAAACCAAUAGUAAAAUCACUUCUGUGCUAUAUACUUUUUUUUUUAAAUUUACUAUUACAGUACAUUGUUGCAUUUAUAUAUUCCUUCGAAUUGAUCCUUGUUAUUAUAUCAAACAUUAAUUAAAGAUAUUUUUCUUUGGUAUAUAUAUUUUGUCAAAAAAUCUAUAAUCCAUAUUGAAGACUGAACAAAACAUAAGUAUUUGGUACAUAUACAAGUAUUAAUACAAGUAAUGACAUUAAUGAACACAGUUACUAUUAUUAAUUUAGUAAAUAAUAUUUUCUUUGAACUGCAUAUAAAUUACCGUUUAAAUAAAAUAACGUCUUUCUCUUAAGAUAAGUCGUGAUAUAGAAGUAGUUACCCUAAAUAAUUUUUUUUAUAUUUGUAUUGCAUUCGACAAUAAUUGCUCAACUAAUAUUUAAUUAUAUAUGUUUCAUGUAUAAAAUGUAUAAAUUGAUAUUAUACCACACUGAAAUUCUAAUCUUAUAUAGAGUAACUAUCUUCUAGAAGAGAUGAGCUUUUAUAGAAUUUGUACAUAUAUGAAAACAAGUAUAAUAAAAAAUAAAAUUAAGUUAUGCAAAUAAUAUUCAUUAUAUACAGAUUUUCAUUUGUUGAAGACUUGUAAAUAUAAAUAUGCUUCCUACAAUAGUU